AUGGCGGCUGAAUUUACCAGUUUGGAAGGUUGUUUGGAGAAACAUCUACCGCCGAAAGAACUAGAGGAAGUGAAAAGGAUUUUGUACGGAAAACCUGUCAGGUAACAUAAUGCGUCUGUGAAUGUCUUUUAAAAGACCUACCCUGCGAGCAGAGGCCCUUCGAUCUUCUUAUAUAAGUCGGGAAGAUAAGCACAGGAAAUGGCAUAGUCAAAUAACCAAUUGUAAUUUCAGUAAUGAUUUUAUGUGUUUGAGGAAUCAUAACCUUGGUUUGCCCAGGCUUCACCAAGUCAUCAUAUCAUUUUGUCAGGCACAGGAAUCAUAACCCUGGUUUUUAAAGGCUUUAUGAAAUCAUUUGAGGAAUCAUAACCUGUGUUGUCAUAGCUAAGAAUCAUAACCACGAUGUUGCAAGACUUAUUAAAUCAUUUGAGGAAUCAUAACCCCCACUAUCGCAUUGUUAAAAUCAAAGUAUCACUCAUUGUAGCUUGAGAGUAUACUGUCAGUGGAAUCAUACCCCCCCCCCCCCAAUUAAAAGAAUUUCCCAAAUCCUUUCAUUCCAGAUAUGUGAAUAUACAGGAAAUCAUCACAAUGAUUUUUUUUUUGUUUAUUUGGGUCUUAAAAUUAUGCUCAGAUACAUUUUUUUUUUUUUUUCAAACAUUUCCCUUUUAAUAACAAUUUGAAAAAUGCUUGGUGAACUGAAGUAACAUAAGCAAAAUUCCAGAGUCUCCCCACAAAUUGCACUGUGAAGUGUGCGGAUCAAAAAAUAAUCCAAUAUGGAAAAAUAACAAUACACAAGGAAUCAGUGUAGAUAACAGCUGUCCGAGAAAACGUAAGUUUAAUGGCGAUGUUAUAUAUACAAAACAAUGUUGUCUGAAUGUUAAUAAAAGAUAAUCAAGUUCGUGUUUAAAUUAAUAAACAUUAAUAGACCAGUGAAAUCCAAUUAAUAAUGAACAAAUAUCAAUAAACAAUGUAAAAUAACAAAUUUGUUUUUUGCUGCAAUGCGCCAAAUUGCGCGAUUGUGGCAAUCCUUACUAUUGUGUGACAAUGUUUGCGUUAAUUGAUUUGACUCAAGUUGAAACAUUUUUGGUCGACCAAAGGGGAGAAAUUGCUCCUUCGAGAAGGGAUUUUUGACGAAAUAUACAUGGAAGUGCAAAAUCCAGAAGAACUUAUGAAAGUGUUACACAAAUGUACUUGAUAAUCCUUCUGCUAAAAGCCAGUUGAAUUCAUUUGUUGAGCAAGCAAUUAUAUCAUGUCAGAAUUAGAGAAUUAAAUAGGAGAUCAAAACAUAUUCCCCACAUCCUCUUUUUAGACUAGUGAAAUCCAGUAUUUACUCCUUAAGCCUGACAAUAUCAAUAAACAAAUUCUGUGAGACUGAUCAUGAUAUCCCAUACAUCUCAUUAUAGAAAAUUUGAUAGAGGAUCAAAACUUAUUCCCUUCGGAGAUUACUAUUUCUAUGAAAGUUCUCAGAACCUUCUCUCUUGAUGACAUAUUGAUAUUGCCAGUAGGAACUGAUUGACGUUCAGGGUCACUAUUAGGAAUUGUAAGGUUCAAUACUUAUAUACAUGUAUAUUAUAAAUUGUAACCACUUCUCUCCCAGAAUGGCAUGCAAUUGUCAAAAGUAUCUGACAAGAUUUUUAAAUUUCAUUCUGUAAAGUGCUAAAAAAACAGAUAGCGCCUAGAGUUAUGCCAAAGAGGUUUCAUUUGAAUGGUCAUACCACAGAAUUUCAUCAGCAGAUUUUAAAUCUAGUACAAGAGUCAUUAUUCAUUCUGGGAAUGAAGAGAUAAUUAAUACAUCAUUCUGUUGUUGAUCUACUGGUUUGUGUCAGUGACCUAUACUAGCUGGAACACUACACUUUGUGUUUUAAAUUUCACACAGCACAGUCUUUUAAAGACAACCAAAGAAUAAUUUAGACCGAACCUUUCAAAUAAGAUCCUUUAAUGGACCAAAAAAUGUCUAUAAUUUUUAAUAUUGCCAGACCUGCCAACUCUCACAAUUCUGGCUUCAAAGACUCUCAUGAUUUUUCACUUGUCUCAUGGCCCAAAAACAAGACUCCCAAUCACAUGUUUUUGGGGAGAUAUCUUUCUGAAACGAAAUGUUACCUUGUUGAAUAUAAAACAGAAAUUCUGUGGGGAUGCUAGUGCCAGUGUUUAACCUUAUUAUAAUUAAAUCAACAUGUAAUAUGGAAGGGUCUCACUGUCUUACAAAUCUCAGCCACAUAAUUUAAUAUAUGUUGUGCUCAUUAUAAGUGGAAGGAAAUAUCACUGAGUCAAUUAAAUGGUUAAUAUAUUUUUUGCGAUAUGUGGAUCUAUAGGUAGAUUAUGUUUUCCCUAUUAUUCAGAUUUGCCUCAAAACCCAAUAUAUGAAAUAAAAAUGCACCUUGUUCAUCUUUUUUAUUAUUAUUUUUGAAGCAAUUACAUAGCACUUUGUCGAUUUAAAUACAUAUGUAUGCCGCGUAAAUCUUCAACUGGGAAAACUUACUGGGAGAAGCGGAUUUGGGACUGGACUUGAGGAAUUUGGAAUUCAAAAUCGCGGAUUUGCAAUCAAGGAAUAUGGACCAUUCGGGAAAAUAAGUCAAAAAAAAGUUAAUUUAAUUGGAAAAAGUAAAUGGAUUUGAUUGAAUUACAACGGAAUUUUUAACUUCACAUGAUGGUGCAUUUCUAUUAUUUUUUUUGUAUCUUAUUUCUUCAGGAUGCCGAAAUUACUAUAUUUGUGCCAGAGAAAACAUUGCAAAGGUGACCGGAAAAUUGCUAUGAAAAUCUUGUUCAUUUAUUUGUACAAUAUAAUCUUCCUUCAAAACUAUUCCCACACUGAAGAGAACUACAUUAUCAAGUUAAAGGGGUGAAAGAAAAGAAGAUAAGAUUAAGUGAAAGGUAUCUGUUCACCAUUUGGAAAACACAUUUUGCACCUCACAUUUUGUAUUCUUUAUCUAUUUACUAACUAAAAGAAACAACAUUUUCGAUAGGUUUAAGUCUUUUUUGGCCUUGUAGUGAACAGAAAAGGGCUUGGAAAGCCUAAACAGGCAUUGUUCAUAAAAAGGACAGGAAAAAAUUAAAAUUUUUUUGCACUGUGAUUACUAUAGUGCAUCAUGAGAAAAGCUUGAUUCCUGUGUUUUUUUUAAAGGUCUCUGUUUGUCACCUUUAUUUGAUAAACUUGAGUCUGGAAAGAGAAAUAAUAAUUUUUGUUUUGGAAAAAGUCUGGAAAAAGUCUUGAAUUUUGGAUCCAAAACUCUGUGAAACAUGCACUUUUAAAAGUAGACAAAAAGUCUGCAAACUGAAAAAGUACCAAAUGGGCAAAAAACCCUUGAAAAUACAUUUGAAUGAGCUGCCCAAAAUUGUCAAUGUGCAUCCACUCUCAUUGGGCUCUUCCUACACAUGUGAUGUCAUCAGUUUACCAUUAGACAUUACCGUCUAACCUCUCCCUUAUAAACACCUCUAUAAUACGGACACGUCUCUAUAUAUUACGGACAGUUCAUAUUUAAAAAGGUGGGGAAUCGAAAAGUUAGAAAGUUCUUUGCAUUUGGUUCCAUUUUGCCUUGGUUUCCUAAAAAGUAACCAAGGAUCAUGCUCAAAAGUAAAAUGCUUGCUCCUUGGCCACUGGUGGCAGCCCUGCCUUUAAAAAAAAAUCAGUUGUUGGGUGUUCAGGCCUAUAUAUAAUUCUCGACUGAUAGUCAAUAUCUAUGACAAGUACAAAAAAAAAAAUAAGAGAACAAAUUGUACUUAACAUUUCAAAAUUUCUGUGUUGUUUGAUCAAGUCUGGAUCUUAAAACUCAUUGUCACUUAAGUGCAACAUUUUAUUAAAGUUCAAGGCUGUGCUCUAAGGCUGUAACACCUAGGGUGCCCAGCAUAUGAUUUGAAUGAAAAAAGUAAGACUUUCAAGUUGCUUGAGAGCAAGAGUUAUAGGAGCGGGUGAAUAGGCGAAUGGAUCGGGCGGAUUUUGAAAAUAUUUUUGCCCACAUUUUGGAUUCAAAGCGAGAUUUUUAACGUCCCGACUUAUCUAGGAAGAUCGAAGGACCUAUGCUCGCAGGGUAUUAAAGACCUUGUUAGACAACAACAAAGUUGUUUAUUACACUGUAAUGAAGCUGAUCUUUGGCAAAAAAAUCAAACUUAACUGGCUUAAUAUGAUUGCUCCCUUGCUGAGUAAAUCAAUCCAGUAUUAAAAGAGGGGGGUAAAGUGGUUAUUGCGUGAUACGUGAUUAAGUGUUUUUAAUUUUCGUGAAAGGUGAAAAUAGGAAAUUAAAACCUGUGAACUGUGACUGGUUUGCUUGUCGUGAUACAUGAACUUUAAAAUCUUUUACCCGAUAUUCGUGAUUUGUCAGAUGUCAGAUGUCAGAUGUCAGACGUCUGAUGUCAGAUGUCAGAUGUCUGAUGUCAGAUGUCAGAUGUCAGAUGUCUGAUGUCAGAUGUCAGACAUCUGAUGUCUGAUAUCAGACGUCUGAUUGUGAUGUCAGACGUCUGAUGACGGAUGUUUGAUAUCAGACGUCUGAUGUCAGACCUCUGAUGUCAGAUGUCAGAUGUCUGAUGUCUGAUGUCAGACGUCAGAUGUCUGAUGUCAGAUGUCAGACGUCUGAUGUCUGAUAUCAGACGUCUGAUGUCUGAUGUCAGACGUCUGAUGCCAGAUGUCUGAUAUCAGAGGUCGGAUGUCAGACAUCUGAUGUCUGAUAUCAAACAUAGGGGCUAUCCCCUGAGACAAGGUCUGGAUAAGUUACAUAUGGUCCCUGAAAGUUCUUUGUAUACCUGACACAGAUCAUGUGUCAAGUGGUUGCUUAGGCUGGAUUGUCAAAAUUCAUGCACUGUAUUAGUCUAGGAUAAAUUACAGAAUUCAGAGUAUUUGGGUGUAGAAUGGUCAGGGUAUCAUAAAUAUAGGAAAUUGAUCUGAAAGAAGAAUUAACUUUAGAAUUUCAUGAUUGAACACACUGAAAAAGAGUUUGUGGAUAUUGAUCAAGGCUCAUUUCAAAUGCUCUGGAAAGCUGUGGUAGUGAAUACUCUAUUUCACUUUUUAUCUAGUACACUGGAGUUGCCUACAGAAGCACUGAAAUUAGCAGAGGAAAAAAACUUUGAACUGGCAGGAUACAAGUUUGGUGUUCUGGAAGAGCAACUUCGCAAGCCUCGUAUAGUUAAGAUAGGAGCUGUACAGAAUAAAAUAGUUUUGCCUACAUCUGCACCACUUGCAAACCAGGUGACUCCAGUUUAAGAUGUACGUACGUACGUAUUUAGAUGUGCUCUACCAUGGCUAUUUCCAAACAGACAUAAAGUUACAGAUAGCGCCUACUGUGUGUAGGCUGCAAAAAAAACACCUCUAUGUAGUUGUGAAAAACAAAAUGGCAUAUUUGUUUAACCUGUCUUCUGAAGGUAAAUUUUCAGUAGGACAUGCAAAACCAUGGAAAUUUCAAAAAGUAAACAACUACAACAGUUCAGGUUUCUGAGUCCCUUUGUGAAAGAAUCAAUAAGGAGAGUGGUUUUGAACUCAAGGUUCCAUGUUAUUUUUGCUCUGUUUUAUAGCUAGCAGCACUUCAUGCAAGGAUAAAAGAAAUUACUGAUGCGGCAGCUUUGUGUGGAGUAAAUGUGAUUUGCUUUCAAGAAUGUUGGAGUAAGUGGAUCAAUAUUAUUUUAGUUGCAUGUCAAAGCAUUGUGAUAACUGUUUUGUAUCUGAGUCAUGAGAGUUGAGAAUGUACUGUUAAUCUUAAAGAUCCAUUUUGCUAUGAAGGAACUAUUACAGGUCUUUUGAUAAUGCGAAAUUACAUGUAUUAGUACUUAGUAAAAAUAAUAAUCUGUUUUCUGAAAACAGCAAUGCCAUUUGCCUUUUGCACUCGUGAGAAGCAUCCUUGGACAGAGUUUGCUGAGUCAGUUAUAGAUGGUCCCACCAUUAAACUUUGUCAGGAGGUAUGUAUAAAUAAAUCAGGUCAAAUCAGGGUAAAAUGUUUUAGCCUAGGUUGAUUCUCAAUCUCCUUUGUCUCCUGGCCUUGAUUAUUCACAAAUUAGGGCCAGGCAACAAAGGAAAUUGAGAAUCAACCUAGGUUAAAAAAUUUUAACUUGAAGUUUUUUUGGCCUGUUACAUAUACAGCUGUCCAAUUCUUGUGCCAUUCCUAUCAUAAUUGAUUUUGUUUUAAACAUGAAUGAUAAACACACAACUAUUUUUAAAAGUGGUACUUAGUGGUAAUACCAGGAUGAUUUUGACACUCAUGUCUCUUACAAGUUUGACACAGUUCCUGCUUCUGACUAGAGCUGCAUUUGUUUACAUGACAAUUAAAGUAAAAUGUUUUUCCCACACAUGUUCUUGAUUGUUUUUUCAAGAACUUGAGCUGACACUGUAACAUAUGCAAUCAAUCAAUCAUUCAGUCAAUCAGUCAGUCAAUAACAAUGUGGGUGACUUUACUUACUUAUAAACUUGCACUUUGCUAUGUUAAUAAGUAAGCUUUUUUUAAAUUUCUUUUUGUUUUGUUCAAGCUUGCCAAGCAACAUAAUAUGGUCAUUGUGUCACCAAUUCUGGAACGGGACUCUGUUCAUCAAGACAGAAUCUUCAAUACUACAGGUAUUUAUGAACAUCUUUAAUCUUUAAUCAAAAAACAGUUGACCCCCCUCCCUGCCCCCCAUGUGAGACAGACACCAACUACACCCAAAUUGCUACAGUUUGGUAGUCGAUUAAAGGAGGGGAUUGUUUACAAAAGGUCCCGACUAUCCGACUAGUGUGCUUUCACUGGGAAACUUAAUCAUUAUUUUGGGUAGGUGGUAGCUUGACUUGAGAGGUCUUAAAAUUGUCUAAUGAUUCAGUUAGUAAAUGAAUGGAGCUGUAUUUUGAUCGAUUAAAACAGUGGUCAUUUCACAGUAUUUUCAUUUCUGAUAGUUAGAAACAUGUUGACAUUGUUGCAUGUCUUGAGUUGCUGGAUGAUGUAUUAUGUGUGUGUCCAUAUUCAGUUAUUAUUUCCAACAAUGGAUCAGUUUUGGGAAAAACAAGAAAAAAUCACAUUCCGAGAGUUGGAGAUUUCAAUGAGGUAAGGGUACUGAUAUUAAUAUCUCUUCUUGCCAACAACCCUUGUCUGCGGGCACUGAUGAAUUUUCCCUGUGCGGAAAAAAAAAAUUCUGUUAUUUAACCUUGGUGGUGUUUAUAGAACUAAUGCAACUGGGGCCAAGCAACUUCUUGAAACACAUAAUUUAAAUCAAACAUAACAGGGUUAAGAAUCCCAACUGGCCAGAGGCAAACCAGUUGGCCAUUUACAAGCAUGGUCGAGGAUUUGAACUUGGGAGUACCAAGAACAAAUCCAGCUAGUGGUCAAGGUGGGACUUAAACUCAGGCCCCCCCCCCGAAUUGCAAAUCCAGUGCCCUAACUGCUCGGCCACUCUGCCUCUGAAGAAGGGUGGUAUUGUGUCAAAAGGAGCCACUGGAUGUGGCCAUAAAUACUCAAAUAAUCUUGAAUUAUUUACACUACAAAAAUGGCGAGGUUUUAGAGCAUUUAAUUGUGCUUGAAUAUGGUGAAUAGCUGUGAUGAAAAUCUAUAGUAUUCAAUUACAUUUUUGGUUUAUUUUUAAAUUUUUAUUUGCUCUUGAGCAUGGUCAUACCAGUUCAGGACUUUUAAACAAAGGAACAUAAAAUUUGAAUUGGGGACAAAAUUUUUCUUUUCUUUUUACCUUUUUCUUUUCUUUUCUUUUUGCCAGCCAAAUAGUAAAACAUUUUUAGGUGUGUUUUCCAUUCAUCUUGAUUCUACGUUUACCUGUAAUGUCUCUCAAAUGGCCAGUAAAAGACACUUUUAGCAAAAGUUGUUUUGAUUAAUUCUGUAGUGUUUGUGAUUUUAGUGCAUUUGUUUCUUUUUUUACAGUCAACGUAUUAUAUGGAGGGUGAUUUGGGACACCCUGUUUUCCAGACACAAUUUGGUAUGAAUUUUUCUCAGUAAAAUGGUUAUUUGUUUUUUCAUCCAUUCAUCAACCCAGCCAUCCAUCCAUCUAUUCAUUCAUUGAUUCUACCCUGUCUUUCGUUCAUUCUUAUUCCCUUCCUUCCUCCCCUUUCAACUUUUAUCACCCCCACGCAUUCACACCUUUAUCAUUCAUUCAUUUACUCCCUCACACAUUCAUUUGUUAGGUUGGUCAUUUAUUUAAUCAAUUAAUAUUCACCCCUCUCCUCCCUGGUAUCUUUCCUUCCUUACCUUCAUCCCUCUUCCCUUCCUUUCUCCUCUUUCCCUUUUUCCAUAUUCCUAUCUUCUUUGUUUCUCUUUCCUUUUUGUUGUCCCUACUUCCUUUCCUUUCCUUCAUUUUUCCCAUCUCUGGCCCCUUUUAUAUCCCCUUUGGCCAUAUUGCACUCACCUUAGCUCCCUCCUCCCUCCUUCCUUCCCUUCCUCCUUCCUUUAUAAACCCAAUGCAAAAAUGGUUGUGGGAUUAACAUUCUUUUGUUUAAAUUAAAAUUAGCCUUACUAGCCUCGUUCUUCAGUACAAAAUUCAAAAGAAUUUAUGGAUCAAUUUAGCUUUCUGGGAAACUGCCCACCAACCCCUCCCCUAAGCUAACAUUAACACUUACUUCUCACUUAGAGCAAAAUGAUGACUUACGGGAGGGGUAGGUGGGCAGUUUCCCAGAACCUAAAUUGAUUUGAAUUUAUUAUCUCAAGCGAGGCUUAAGUCAUGCUAAUUUUAAUUUAAACAAAAGAAUAUUUAUCCAAUUUUUGCGUUAGGUCCAUUCCUUUCUCCUUUUUUUCUUCAUUCAGUCGUUCAGUCCUCCUUGUUCAUUCAGCUUUUCAUAAUCCAUAGCAGAGAGUGGUUCACUGACAUCACUGGAAAACCUUUUUUGUAGGCCGAAUUGCAGUGAAUAUUUGUUAUGGAAGGCAUCAUCCACUGAAUUGGUUGAUGUAUGCUGUGAAUGGUGCUGAAAUCUGCUUCAACCCAUCAGCCACUGUAGGAGCUCUCAGGUAGGACCUCUGACACCUUGAUUAUUGUCAGCCACACCCCUGAAUGGAAUGUUUGGGUCUUUUCACAAUACUGACCAUCGUGGGUUCCCAUCCCUUUCACUCCAUAGAAUAGGCCCUAUGAAGAAACUCCCAAAAAGGUUUCAUUUGAGUGGACACACCCCAGAAUUUUUUCCACUCACCCAGAAAUUACAACCGUCCACCUUAUGAGACUCUAUCAUUAACCUUGAGGUUGACGACAGGGUUAAUUAAAGAGCUAUCUUUUUAUCUCUUUGAACAUCUCUCGCAGUUUUCGUAUUCAUAGCUUGGUAUUUCAGUAACAAGGCGAAGUUCAAGACAUUCUAGUCUGUGCCCUCUCACUUGCAAUCUGAGGUGGUCAAAUCGGUUUGCUGCCACUCUAGGCCGCUGUAAAUUUUAAGGAGAGCAAUUAUUGUUCUCCUUAAAAUUUAAAGUGAGGUUGCUUGUGUUACCACAUACUGCCAGUCCUUCAAAUUUUUCCCUCUACCAGUUGUUUCAGUUUCACUUUAAUUUCAGCAUCUGAAAUCUUAGUGUGACAGUUCUUCAUUAGAUACUACUCACAAGGCUGUCAUGAUUACACGGUACACUCGGCUGGAGUAGUUGGCUCCCCCAACCUUACAGGCACCCUUCCCGCUUCUCCAACAACAAUCUAUUUUUGAUGUUUUCUUUUAUAUUGAGACAUAUUCUUUUUAAUUCUGUAGUGAACCAAUGUGGCCAAUUGAAGCUCGCUGUGCUGCCAUUGCUAACAACUACUUUACAGUAGCAAUUAACAGAAUUGGCACUGUGAGUAUUGUUUGACCGCGUGUUUUUUAAACACGUUGUAUAGUUUCUUUUUUUAUUCUGAAUGACGUGAGCUGCAGAUGGUGUGCAGUGAAUGUUUAAAGACAUUUUGCAAGAUAUCUAUUGAAUGGCAGUUUUUUAAAAGCUGAGAACGUUUCGUAACAAGCUAUGAUGACUCAAUAACAAGAGCACCAUGUUGAAUGCUUUUCUUGUAAAUGAUUAAGUUACUGAUUACCAUAUUGUCAUUUACAGGAGGUUUUUGAACAUGAAUUUACAUCUGCUGAUGGAAAGCCAGGUAGCUACUCUUACUGACUUAACCCGUUGUUUCUAUUUGGUUGAACAACUGAAGAAUUCUUGUGCGCUUAUUGAUCAGGAGCUACCGGUAUUGUCUGCGAGAGUAUAGACUGACAAUGCAAAUAGGGCAUUUAUUGUGCAGUGUAAGUGCUUUCCUUUGUGAAACACGUGAUUUUCAGAGCAACAUAGACAAUAAUUUGAACUCUUAUUUCGACGAACGAACUGAAUCAACAAGAAUUUUCUAUUCCCCUCCCUCUUACUUAUAAGAGACCGUAAUGAUGCCACGCGAUGUUCAAACUUUUUGCAGGUUGAAAUAUUUUAGGUGCGCAUGAGCCAUAGCCUGAGAAAGCAGCCCCCAUUUCGCGACGCCACCGCUGGUUUCCCCGCGAAAUGACUUCUGAAAAACGAGCGCAGAAAUUCCAUACAGAUGACGCGUCAUUACCCAAAUCUAGUGCUUCUGUUUGGGCUGAAGCAAAUUUCCCACGUGGCACGACCAAUCAGAAGCAUUACCCAGAUCUGGGUAGUGCCGCAUCUUCAGUAUGAAAUUUCUGCGCUCGUUUUUCAGCCGUCAUUUCGCAAGGGAACCAGUGGUGGCAUUACGAAAUGAAGGCUGUUUUUUCAGGCUACACGAGCCAAGGAGAACCCGUUUUUUCAACCCGUUUUUGAAGUAUGUAAAACCAAAGUGUAUUGCUACCCCCCCCCCCCUCCCCCAGUUGGGUCGCUGGUUCAUUGCAGGGUUGCCUCUAGCAGUGUGUAUCGCCUGCACCGAUUUAUACACCUAGGUGAAGAAAGAUUGUGAAGCAAAGUCUUUGUUGGGGAAAGAAUGUGACCGCAAAAAAUCCUGAUAAACGGAUCGAAGUUCGAGGUCUGGUGUUAACCGCUCGGCCACCACGCCUCCACCACCUGCAGUCUCUAACUCCACAAAUAACGGACACAGUUACAGUCUUGUAGUUCCGUUAAGCACAUGGUCACAUCUACUAUAAAGUGCUGACAAAACUCUAUUGUUUUCUUUCUACAGCUCACAGGGACUUUGGACAUUUCUACGGUAUGCUUUACUUAAACUCUUUACGCACAGGAAGAAUCAUUAUUGCGAGUUUUAAACUAAGUUUGGUCCCUCUGAACUUUCGAUGCCAGUGAUUCCUUUCAUUUACUCCCUAGUAAUACACCAAAGCAUAGCGUUAUUAUUUUGAUUUGCCGUUGGUAAUGUAUAACGUUUUUGGCUCAACGCUUUUUUCAGGGUCUUCUUAUGUUGCUGCUCCAGACGGCAGUCGUACUCCUGUAAGUUUACUUCUCAGUAAAUUACAUGCUAUAAGGAAAUCAAGCGAUUAGGAUAAUAACCUGCCUCGCAGGCACUGGAAAUAAGGAACGGAUUUUUACUCGCUUGAAGCGCGAGAUACGAGGAGAGAGCGCGUAGCGCGAAGAGAGGAGGUAGAUGAGGAUCACUGCUUCCUGUUCCUUCGCACAGCCCUCGCGUUUGCGCGCGCUCAAUCGCCCCCAUCCCCCUCACCCAUACGCUGGCGACCAUGAUGACCAAGAAGCUACUAGAAAGGCAAUUUAAAGAACGGUGCGAAGUAGUAAUACUUGAUAUAAUGCCUCAGUACACGUAUCUACAGUUCGGUACCUUUCCCCGUGAACAUUAAUAGCAAAUGUGAGUUUUGAUUUCUCUCCUUGAAUUAGAAAGCCGUCCCUAGCAGCAUGAAAAUUGCAUCAAUCUUAGCGUCGAUCGUAAUAGCCAUCAUCAGACCUUCAGCUCAGUCAAACUUUCUAUUUCGAUUCAGGACGUAAGCGUCCGGUUUACUUCGUCAGUUUUAAUGCAACUGGCUCCGCGCUGGAGCUGAUUAUGGUCGGACCGGGUGGAGGAAGAGAGUAAGUUGUUCAUGAGUUAAAAAGAUGGUGAAGAAAUCGUAAAGCUCGCCCUCGCUUGUCUUGGAGUAAGCCUUGUUUCCAGAAACCUUUUCUCGCCGUCGAUUUUACAUGAGUGAUGUGUAACAAAUAGAUUAGCUAUACUGCAUGGACCUUUCCCUCCUUAUGGUUAAAUAUAUUUUCUUUUUUCUUGUGCAGGGUUUGUCCAGAGUUAAUGAUGGCUUACUUGUGACCGAAGUGGACUUGAACAUGUGUAGACAGGUCAAAGACAAGUGGUGUUUUCAGGUCUGUACAGUGCUAUAGUCGGAGCUCUCUCUUUUCUCCUUUCUUUCCCCGCCCUUCGCUCACGCGCGUCCUUCCACAUCCCCCUGUCGCGUGACUUCUCGUAUAUAGAGAGAUUGAUAUGCACGUUUACGCCAAACGGCAGACGUGAAUUUGUACCACGUGACCAAGUUUUCCCCUUAUUUUCCGUUUACUCUUUUUUGCUUCUACACAAAAAUAAGUAUUUUUAUGCCAAUUUUAACCAUAGGAAUCGUUCCGGACUGUUUUGUAUCUGCUUAUUUUCUAUCCUGAGAAGUUCUCACCUUGAGUCUGACGUUUGCCGUUUGCGGUAAACGUGAAUCUUAAUCUCUCUUAUGCUUCACGUAUACGGAAAACGGCAAACGGCAAACAUCAGAUUGAAGGUAAGAAUUUCUUAAAAUAGAAAAUAAGCAGAUAAAAACAGCUCAACAUAAUUCUUGUGGAUAAAAAAUUGCGUGAAACUACUAAAUUAUGUGUAGAAAUAAUGAACCGUAAACGACAAGUAAAGUGGAAACUUGAUGACGUGGUACAAUUUCACGUUUGCUGUUUGACGUAAACGUGAUGCUAAACCUCUUCAAUAUCUCCCAAAUCCCGGUAUUUUUAUCCAAUUUCUCAAAUCUGCAGUCACAUUUUCUUAGUUAAUUAGGAGCGAUAUCUGUAGAGUGCUGUUGCAAGAGGUAGCCUGAGAUCAUGCCCUCUCCCUAUUAUCCCUUUAUGUCUCUCACGGGAAGAGGGCAUGAUACAUUUCUUUGUCGGAUCACAUGUAAAAAUGCCAGAAUCUGGACUUUUUUCUGAUUGGAUAGAAAACAAUGCGGAUGAUUUGCGCUGUUCCGAUUGGCCAAAAUGACGCCAUCCGUUAGUUGUUGUUGAUUUCAGUCUGCAUUUUUGCUUGCGUAAUAAGCAGUGAAUACACACGCGAGUUCGUUAUGAAAUUUCUGCCCGCUCAGUUUUCUUGAAUUUGAAGAAUGCCUAAAUAGAAGUUUCAUCCAUUGAAAUAUUUACCAUCUCAUCGUAUACCAAAACAGUUGCAGUCAAAACUUCACCGAUCAUUUGAAUGCAAUUUGAUACCGGCUACAAGUUACAGAAGCGACAAACGGGUUCACUUUUCAAAUAAUCAAUUCAUGAAUGGAAUCUUGACCUGGUUUGACUGUAUUUCCUCCUUCAGAAAUCAUGCUGCGAAUUAUUCUGAGCGAUCUUCGCUUUCACAACACCUUUCAGUUCGUGAAAUAUGGUGCUUCAGCCUAAUUUUUUUUCCACUGCUUUCGUAGUACAGAACGAAGUCAACGAGCUUUAACCAGUAAAUUCUUUAUUAUUUGUAGCUAUUCACAAAGGUACGACAGCUCCAGCUAGCAGUAUUUCAUCACAAAAACUACACAUUAAUUUUUUUUUAUUUUUUACGAAGCGCCAUCUGAACACGGACGUACUUAAAAAUUUUUUUCCCCUAAAACUGAUCAUGAUUUCAAAAGAGACAUUAUUCGCGCCAAAAUUUGAUUCCCGUUUGGUAAACGCUUAUUGGCUAAAAACAUGACAGGUCAAGCAAACGGUAGAUCAUGUAAAUUAGGGGGCGGUUGACUGCUUGUUAAAUAAAUGUAUCAGGCGUUAUUUUUUUUUUUUCUCGAGCCAAAGAAAAAAAAAAAAAAAAAAAAAAAAGACGCCUGAUCUCAGGUUAGCAAGAGGUAGAUAGCUAAUAUUUAAGGUGUGGUCAACUUGUGAGCGGAAGGAUGGUCUGAACUUGAUCUGUCAGCGAUCGACGAUACGACUCAGUAAAAAAAUUAAUGGGAAGGAGACGAAGUUGACCCCUUCGUCCGAGCCAACAGCUCUCGCGCAUGCUCUGACUGUCUCGCCAUGACCGAGUUCACCCGGCUGGGCGAGUCAAAGUGUUGACAUGCAAAAAACGUUGGUCACCCUUCUAGCCGACAAGGGUUCGCCAAGUUUUUUAAGGUAAUGUAUCAAAAGGUGGCUCGCCUAGGGUAGCUCGGGCAGGCGGGUGACCCUCCCGCCCGGGGAAACAUUUUUUUAUUUAACAGGGCCUAAGUUUAUUGUCAUUUCUUUAAUUUUCUUGUCAGAUGACGUCCCGUUUGGAUAUGUACGCUAAUUCGCUGACGGAGGCUGUGAAACCAGACUUUAAGCAGCAAAUUAUCCGCGAUGAGGCUUAAAAGCAAUGAUUGCGACCGUCAAACGAUAGUAAUAUGUGGUAACAGCACACAAGUUAUGGACAGAAUCUAUCAUGAAAGAAACGGACAAAAAACUUUCAAAACGAUCUUACACUUUUUAAAGGAAAUGUGCACACCCCUUAAACUCCAGUCGUGAAAUAUAUUCUAAAUUGUAUAAACAUUGUUUAGUGAUUGAUUGUUCUAAUCCUUUUACGCAGACUAGUCGUACCAAAUAAUAUCGACCCUCUCUACGUGAACAGACAAACUCUGACUAAAAAUAAUUGCGGUUAGUGUUUUUUUACGACCAACAAUUAAACAUUUCUUAUCAAAUUGUUGAGCUUACCGGUAGGUAGCCUGCGUUACAGGCGCAAUAAGGGGAGGGAGAGUUGGAGAAAAAAAGCAGCCCCCUCCCUUUUCUGCUCCUCCCCUACCCUUUCGACGCCAGCCGCGCAGGCUAACCUUUAGACAUGACGCGAGUGAGUGCGGGCGCAGUAUUUAGAUCUUUCGAUUUUCGCGCCUGCAGUCACUUCGCCCAGCGAAAAUCCAGUUACACCCCAUGAGAGUCAUUAAGGCGCUAGUUUUGCUAAGGAGGACUGUCAGUAGCAUUAUUUUUUUAACGAAAGAGGAAUUCAUGUAUUUUUUACUAGUUCUUUUCUACCUGAAAGCCGAGUCAAAUGUAGUCACUAUGGUUAAAUUAAAAGGUGCUGUACCUUGC